GUUUGUUGUGGGGCCGCCGCCUGGUGGCUGUGACCGGGCCCGCGGUGGGGAAGGUUAAAGUCUGGGCAUUUUUGUGCACUGUUUGUUUUAAACAUCGAUAUUACAAGAGCAGGUGAAAGUUUCUUUGAGUUCUAUGAUUCUUCCUUAGCAGGCCACCUAAUAUCCCAUGGAAGCCAAUUAAGUGUCACACUGUAUCUGGUACAUUCAAGAAGCACAGCGGAUAUGUCCCUCAAAAAUGUACCGUGAGAGUUCAGCAGCAAAAAUGCUAGAAGACUAAGGCAUCAACUUACACAUCAUCUUAGAAAUAGAACUCAAUGGAUCAUCUGAAAAAACUUGCCAGUGAGCUGAUCAGCAUACUCCAAUAUUCUAGGAGAUUGUCCUCAUGAAUACUCUUGUGGAGGAUGUCCAUGAUCCUUUUUGCUUGUGUGGUGAGAGUGAGGGACGGACUUCCACUUUCAGCCUCUACGGAUUUUCAUCUCAACCAGGACUUUCUUGAAUGCAGGAAGAGACUGAAGGCAUUAUCCUUAAUUCUGGCACAGUAUCCUGCUCGAGGCACAGCAACAGGACGUGGCUUCAUCAUACAUUUUCAUUCUUCUGGGGACAUCGCCUGCAUGGGGAUCUGCACCAGUAGUUGCCCAACCGUCAUGGCAUUUUGUUUCCUGGAGGAGCUCCAGUGGAAAUUUUCUGCUUCAUAUGACUCUACGAGCAUAAGCUUGGCUACCAGACCCUAUGCUUUUCUUGAAUUUGAUAAUAUUAUUCAGAAAGUGAAAUACCAUUUCAACUACACAAGCUGCUCUCAAAUGAAGAACAGCCUGGAGAAAAUUCAGGAAGAGCUGAAGUUCCAUCCUCCUGUGCUUCUGAAACUAGAGGAUACAGAGCUGAUGAACGGGAUGAUUAACGGGCACACAGAAGUGCAGAUGGGGUCUGCCCCUACCUACAGAAUGCAACCUGUGACUCCUUUGGGGAUUCUGUCCCUUGUUCUCAACAUCAUGUGUGGGGCUUUGAACCUCAUUCGAGGAGUUCAUCUAGCAGAGUAUUCUUUUCAGGAAGACCACGAGGGAACUGGAAAUGUAAUAGCAUUUCUCCUUUCUUUUCUAGCCUGCAUUUUUCAGUGUUAUUUGUACUUGUUCUACGGUUCAUCAAAGAAGAUGAAGGCGUUCGUACUGUUUUUCUCCAUUUGUCUAUGCAACAUUUACUUGUAUGGAUUAAGGAACAUCUGGCAAAUACUCUUUCACAUAGGCGUGGCUUCUCUUUCUUCAUAUCAGAUACUGACAAGACAACUGAUGGAGAAACAGCCAGAUUUUGGAGUAUGAAAACACACGUGGGAUUCAUCACUCAUAUUUUAAAAACUCUUGUAUUUGCUUACACUGGCCAAAAGUACUUUGGGGAAUAUUUUAAAAAUGCACAACGAUGGUUAUCACGAGAGAGAGAUUUUGAAACGAAACAACUCGAAAUAAACUGUGCUCUUAUAAUUAGUGUCAAAUAGACAUGCAGGGGAUUAGUUGUAGGUCAGCUGUGCAUUGAAAACUAUUUGCAAGCAUUCGUAAUGGAGGUUCUCACUGCCAUUGAGAAUCUUCAGUACUCAGUCUUUUCAGUGUACUCCUUGACUGACACCAAACAGUCAAUCUCUCUUCAUUUGUCUCAUUUGCUUUGCAACAGUUCACCGUUUCAGUGUGUUGCCCUGGGAGUUUGACAGAAAACAUUGAAAUUGUACAUUAAAACCAAGACUGAUUUAAAAUUGGGGAUAAUAAUGCUUAGCACUUUCAUCUAUAGAUCUCAAGUUGCUUGACAGAUGUAAGCUAAGGAGGCGUUUGUCAUAAUUAGUUAGUAAUUGGUGGGGGAAAAAUGCUUUUAGUGGGAUCUUCAGGGUAAUCCUAUUAAGGUGAAAUAGAAUUAUAGGGUCUGAAGAAAAGAAAAGGGCAGGGGCCCUUUUAAAAACCAUAAAGGAUGUAAAAUGUCUCUUGAGUAAACUGUACAUCUUAAUUGUUGGUACGGUGUGAGCUUGAAGUAAGUUUGAAGCUGCAUAAAACAAACCUAGAAAAAACACAACUGACCUUUCAGCCCAACUGGCCUUUAUUUCCUUGUUGAAGGUCACAUUGUUUGAAAGGGUAAUAAUAUGUUUGUUUGGCUUAUACAGAUAAAUAAGCUUGGAAGAUGUAUUUUGUGACAACCCAAUGAGUUUUUCCACCUUUCAAAAGAUACGUUAUUAGCGAUUAGCAAUCCAUUCCCCACCCUGGAAAGCAAGAGCAGGUUCUCUUUAUUUUACAUUUAAGCUCUCGUGCUACGGUUAAUUUAUGAGCAUGCACUUUUGAAUAUAGUCAUUAGGAGCUGAAUUUGUCCACCUCUGCUGCAAUGUAUAUUCUGGUAUUUAAUGUGCUGAAGUACAUACUGACAUUUUAAAUGUCUAUGAACACUUUUUUGAUACUUUUUCGGUAAAUUGUAUAGAGAAUGUCCUAAUAUUUUGAUGCAGCUAUCUUUUGGAGGGUUAGUGGAGAAUCUGAAACUGAGAAAUCACAGGAAGCUUGUAGGUGUAAUAUUGUGGAGGUACCUUCUUAAUUUUUUCUCACUUAACCGUUUUAUGGUAGCCCCAUGUAUUAUGUAGAAUUUCAUCCCCUUGCUGAGGAAUUGUUCUUUCACUUAAUGACUCUACCUUUCAUGGUUGCAAAGAGAUUAAAUUGAUGGAGAGUUACCUUCCUGACUCUGUAGGCAGCUUAAAUGUUGGUCAAUAUUAUCUAUUUCACUACUGACUAUUCUAGCAGAAACAUCCAGCUAAUAUUUUAAACCACAGUCCCACACAUUGUGUGCUAAAAGCCCUAACAACUGACUAUCCAGCUGCUGAAACCUCCAGCUUCCUCUGACAACUUGUGCAAUGCAACUCUGUGCAGCCAAUGCAUAAAUCUGUGCAUAAAGAUUUAAGUGACUGGAUAUUGCAUUGAUGUCUGCUGUUCUCAGUAGUACAGCCUUUACUGUACCUAGUCCAAUGCACUGCUACAGAGAAAUAGAAGAAUCAUUUGCUGUGUUUUUGGGACAUGGAAAGGCACUGUGGUGUAAAGGAAGUUCCAGGAGUAAAUAAACUUUAAAAAGGGAAAAAUAUAUAAGAAGGAAAGGGAUAAAAUGGAACGUCAGAAACAGUGGCGGGGAGAAACCUAGAGACCAGUGGAAACUUUAGCUAGAUAGGACACAGUAAAUUGGAUGUGAAAUUGCAAGAUGAUAUGACAGCCAAAAAGGCCUUAUAAUUGUAGGCUGCAUGGGAUCAGGCAUGUCUCAGAGCAGGGAAGGAUCAUAAUACUUCAUACAGCUCGGAUGCAAGCACUCAGAGAAUUAUUUCAUUCAGUUCCAGAUAUCGGUACCAAAGAUAGACGCACUGAAGGGUGUCCACAGAGGACUGUCCAGGUAUUGAUAUUUGAAGAGAGAAGGGAAAGUCACUGCUUGGCAUAGUAACGAAAGGGGUCGACCUAUCUUGAUGUUUGUCCUUCAGAUAUCGGGUCAGAUGAGCGAGAAGUUAGGGCACAAGAAGGCAUAACUAAGGCUAAUAGAAUGAAACUGAGGAAAAGGAACAUUUAGGUUGACUUUAGCAAAGUUUUUGAUACGGACUUCCACAGUAUUCUUGCCAGCAAGUUAAAGUAGUAUGGGCUGGAUGAAUGGACUAUAAGAUGGAUAGAAAGCUGGCUAGAUCGUCGGGCUCAACGGGUAGUGAUCAAUGGCUCCAUGUCUAGUUGGCAGCUGGUAUCAAGCGGAGUGCCCCAAGGGUCGGUCCUGGAGCCGGUUUUCAAUAUCUUCAUUAAUGAUCUGGAGGAUGGUGUGGAUUGCACCCUCAGCAAGUUUGCAGAUGACACUAAACUGGAAGGAGUGGUAAAUACGCUGGAGGGUAGGGAUAGGAUACAGAGGGACCUAGACAAAUUAGAGGAUUGGGCCAAAAGAAAUCUGUUGUUGUUCAACAAGGACAAGUGCAGAGUCCUGCAUUUAGGACGGAAGAAUCCCAUGCACCGCUACAGACUAGGGUCCGAGUGGCUAGGCAGCAGUUCUGCAGAAAAGGACCUAGGGGUUACAGUGGACGAGAAACUAGAUAUGAGUCAACGGCGUGCUCUUGUUGCCGAGGAGGCGAACGGCAUUCUGUGCUGUAUAAGUAGGGGCAUUUCCAGCAGAUCGAGGGACGUGAUCAUUCCCCUCUAUUCGACAUUGGUGAGGUCUCAUCUGGAGUACUGUGUCCAGUUUUGGGCCCCACACUACAAGAAGGAUUUGGGAAAAAUUGGAAAGAGUCCAGUGGAGGGCAACAAAAAUGAUUAGAAGGCUGGAGCACAUGACUUAUGAGGAGAGGCUGAGGGAACUGGGAUUGUUCAGUCUGCAGAAGAGAAGAAUGAGGGGGGAUUUGAUAGCUACUUUCAACUACCUGAAGGGGGGUUCCAAAGAGGAUGGAUCUAGACUGUUCUCAGUGACAGAUGACAGAACAAGGAGUAAUGGUCUCAAGUUGCAGUGGGGGAGGUUUAGGUUGGAUAUUAGGAAAAACUUUUUCACUAGGAGCAUGGUGAAGCACUGGAAUGGGUUCCCUAGGGAACUGGUGGAAUCUCCUUCCUUAAAGGUUUUUAAGGCCUGGCUUGACAAAGCCCUGGCUGGGAUGAUUUAGUUGGGGAUUGGCCCUGCUUUGAGCAGGGGGUUGGACUAGAUGACCUCCUGAGGUCCCUUCCAACCCUGAUAUUCUAUGAAAACUGCUUGAUACUAAGAUCUAUUAAACUUUGUGGAAUUGGCUAAGGCAGCAGGUCCCAGACUUCAUGAUUAAAAUAACACUUGGGCCUGGUCAAAACCAGGGGGAGGAGGGGGGAAGGGGAUGGUUCUAAGAUACGCAACUUCAGCUACGAGAAUAGCGUAGCUGAAGUCAACGUAUCUUAGACUUAGAAUCACUUACUUCAUGUCCUCGCGGCGCGGGAUCGACGGCCGCCGCGCCCCCGUCGACUUUGCUUCUGCCUCUCCCUGAACUGGAGUUCAGCAGUCGAUGGGAGAGCGAUCGGGGAUCGAUUUAUCGUGUCUACACUACAUGCGAUAAAUCGAUCCCCGAUGGAUCGAUCGCUACCCGCCGAUCCAGCUGGUAGUGUAGACAUACCCUUGCCUAAAAAUUUGAUGUUUGAAGUACCAUUUGCAAAUUUUUCCUUUUUUAUUUUAGUAUUUCUGAACUCAUCGUAAAAUAAAUGCACAAGGAAGCCUAAAAUUAUAACCUCCUUUUUUAAACAUUUCAAUUUUUUUAUCAGUGAAUUAAAAAGCACAAUGAAACAGCAAUUGUUGGUCUUUUUUGUAUUACUCAAAUGACAAGGAACAAUUAAAUGUCAAGUGACAUGUUGACGUAGCUCUGUAUGCUGCUAAGCUAUGUCAAGGCCUGACUUUUUAAUAUAUCAAUUCAAAGUUCCUCCUCAUUUUUAUCUGGACUAUUGUUGAACAUGAGCCAAAGUUCUUUACUUACUUUUUGACAAUAUCUAAAAUAAGAGCUAAUCAAAAUGUUUUGCAUUUUCUCUGAUAAACAUAUAAAAGUACCAUUAAUGAGAAGGGUGUUCUUGCUUCACAGAUCACGGUUGCUUUGUCAGGUAAAUUUUGCUGAGCUUCAGCUGAAGGUCUGGUCCUGCAGACCUAAGUUUCAUCUUGUACUUUUUUUUUUUUUUUUUUUUUUAAAUGGUGAUCAGGGCAGAAAUCCAGUUCUGUCAGGGAAAUCUUUCUGAACAUUCAGCCUAGUAGCACUUGUUCUGUUCAUGUGAACGGAGGUCUUAUUGGAAAAUAAGCCACGAAGAUGACGAAGAGUAAACUUUUUUUUUAAUCUGUUUUCUAAAUUUCCAUACGAGGCUCUGCCUUGCUAAGGUUACGGGACAUGGUGCUCAUACCUCUGGCUAGUCUACUAGGCACUCUUAACCAGGUAGCAGCGCAUUGACUUAAAUAGGGAAGGCUAUUUCUGCUAGGAAAAGGGGUAGGAGUUUUACUUUGUACAUGGACAAAACAUUGUGGGGAGUAACCUGAAUGACAGGAUCUGAUUUCUACGUCUCCCAUGGACCCUGAUCCUGGUAGUUUUGUACUUGUCUCCACUAAACUUAUUUGAAUAAAGCUAGUCUUGCAUAAACUUGGGCAUCUAGAACACGUAGGUAUAUCAACACUACUAUCUGGAGAUGUGAAUUCCAGCGCAGGGAGGACAUACCCUCACUAGCUCUCAUUCAGCUGGCAUGCGUAGCCCCGGUGUUACAAGUGAUGGGAGGGCUAUCUGCCUUGAGUACAUCCCGUCCAAGACUCUGGGUUUAAGCAUAAUGAAAUGAAUCACUGGAUUUACCUCCUGGAAGGAUCAUCCAACCCAAGAAUCUUUAGGAAAGCAAUACAGCAAAAUCUCUCAAUAAAACGUCUGCUUGUCCCGUUGGAUCCUAUGUUUGGUGAAUGGACAAACACCUGAUAGAAAUUCGUUACAAAGGAAGUAGGAUUGGCAGGGAACCAUUCACAGAGAGAUUUGGUUCUAUAAUGUGGGUAAUCCUGCCUACAAGAUCCAUGUUAGGGAACAUACAUUUAGCAAUGUAUGUCCAUUAAUAUCUGAACACUUCUUCCAGCUUGGAUUGUGAUUCAGAGACCAAGGAGAGUUCAAGUUAAGCAUGGACUGUCCUAAUUUUUUUUUCUGUAAAUGUUUACAAUGGCUUCUUGGUAUGUUAAUUCUGUGCACAGUGCGUGUAUAAUAUAUGUUUAAACUUCCUUUUGCUAAAACAGGAAAAGAGAUAACAUAGUUUACAUUUAUACGAGUCCUUCAGGAUUUAAUAAAACGAGCGUUUUACUGUUUGAGAACAGAAAAUCUGGAUCAGAACACUAGGAUUGUGCUUGUGUUGAAUCAAAUCUUUAAAAGGAAUCAAUUUUUUGUCAGAACCUUAGACCAUUUAAAAUUGUUUAUCCACUUCAUGUGAAAAUCGAAAGUGAGAAUUAAGUCCUUUGGAAACUCUGUUCAUCUAGAAAUAUAACACAAGAAAAUAGGCCAAGAGUAAACCUUCCUUACAGUUAAAAUAUUUAUAGUGCUUUGCCAACUUAUGAAAUAUUGACCCAUUCUCCCCCUGCCUUUUUAACCAAAGAUCUGUUAAGGUUUCUUGAAAGGCUGGCUGGUACCUUUUUUAAAAAAACUUUUGCACUGCAUUAACAAUUGAACCUGUGUAUAUGUAUGUAAAGUCAUUUUUUGCACGUGUGUUUGUGUAUAUAUGUACAUAUCUAAUAUGAUUAGAGUAAAAAAUAAAUGACUUUUUAUAAUG